AUGUUGAAGAAUUAUUCUAGCGCCACUGAAUUUUAUCUACUUGGCUUCCAUGGCUCCAAAGAACUACACGAUAUUCUUUUUGCCACUUUCUUCUUUCUCUACUCAGUGACAGUCAUGGGGAACAUGGUCAUCAUUGUGAUUGUCUGUGUUGAUAAACAUCUGCAGUCGCCCAUGUAUUUCUUCCUUGGCCACCUCUCAGUCCUAGAGAUCCUGAUCACAUCGGUUGCUGUCCCCUUAAUGCUCUGGGGGCUGCUGCUUCCAGGGAUGCAGGCAAUGUCUUUGACAGCCUGUAGUGCACAAUUAUAUUUGUACCUUUCUUUGGGUACGUCAGAGUUAGUAUUAAUUGGAGCAAUGGCUGUGGACCGUUACGUGGCUGUCUGUAACCCUUUGAGGUACAACAUCAUUAUGGACAGCCACACCUGCAUCUGGGUGGUCAUUGUGUCAUGGGUGUUUGGGUUCCUAUUUCAAAUCUGGCCAGUCUAUGCCACAUUUCAGCUUACCUUCUGCAAAUCAAAUGUGAUAGACCAUUUUUUAUGUGACCGAGGGCAACUGCUCAAACUAUCCUGUGAUGAUAGCCUUUUCACAGAGUUUAUCCUUUUUUUAAUGGCUAUAUUCAUUAUUGUUGGUUCUUUGAUCCCUACAAUCAUCUCCUACACCUACAUCAUCUCUACCAUCCUCAAGAUCCCCUCAGCCUCGGGCCGGAGGAAAGCUUUCUCUACGUGUGCCUCUCACUUCACCUUUGUUGUGAUUGGCUAUGGUACCUGCUUGUUCCUCUAUGUGAAACCCAAGCAAACGCAGGCAGCUGAGUACAACAGGGUAGCGUCACUGAUGGUUUUAGUGGUGACCCCUUUCCUGAACCCAUUCAUCUUCACCCUCCGGAAUGACAAAUUCAUAGAGGCCUUUCGAGAUGUCAUGAAACGCUGCUAUCAACUCCUCAAGGAUUAG